CUAGGUUUGACAUUGACAAAUGACAAGCUUUAUUCGGCAUUUUGCUGUUGUCGUGACUUUCAAAAUUUGAGUUUCAAUUGAAUAAAAAUUGUUUAAAACUAUAAAAGAUGGCCACAUCCGUAGUCGACACUUACACAGACCCCAGCUUGAGCUGGAUGAACGCUCCUCACAGCACCGGUACAUCUAUCAUGGCUUGCGAGUUCGACGGAGGAGUGAUUAUCGGCGCUGACUCCCGUACUACUACUGGUGCCUACAUUGCCAACAGAGUCACCGACAAACUAACCAAAAUUACAGACCAUAUCUACUGCUGUCGCUCUGGAUCAGCUGCUGAUACACAAGCUAUUGCUGACAUUGUAACUUAUCACUUGAAUUUCCACAAGAUGGAACUGGGUGAGAUGCCCCUGGUGCAGACUGCCGCUGCUAUAUUCAGAGAGCUUUGCUACAACUACAGAGAUUCAUUAGUCGCUGGUAUCCUUGUAGCUGGAUGGGAUAAGAAGAAGGGAGGCCAAAUCUACUCCGUCCCCAUUGGAGGCAUGGUCCAACGACAAGCGGUGUCUAUCGGCGGGUCCGGCUCUACCUACGUCUAUGGUUACGUCGACGCGAACUUCAAGCCGAACAUGAGCAAGGAGGAAGCCGUGAAGUUCGUCACAAACACGCUAACACUUGCUAUGUUACGUGAUGGCUCGUCUGGUGGUGUCGUGCGUUUGGGAGUCAUUACGGAGGCUGGUGUGGAGCGAUCGGUCAUUCUGGGCGACCAGCUGCCUAAGUUCUAUGAGGGUUGAUGCAUGGAAUAAAUAAUUUUUAAUACA